CGCUUUCCGCUGCCGCAAUUUACGAGUCUCGCAAGCCUCAUCACAGUGCCGUCCGUCGGCCGCCCCCCAGCCCCAAAAUCCCAAUCUCCGAAGCGAUCUCUCUUUCUCCUGCCUCGCAUGUUAAUAUGUUAUCCAAAGCCGAACAAUAAUUUUAUAGUUUCCUACUACUAAUUUUCAAAUAAUAUCCCCCUCAGGCCACGGCCUUCCCCUCCCUCCUUUCUUUUCAAAUCGAUUGCUUCCCUGCGUAAUACCCCGCUCAAAAACGCCACGCAAUGGCCUUUCACGUCGCUUGCCCGAUCACUUGUCGGCGCAUCUGCGAUUGUGAACUGGGCUUCCCGGGGGCCGUCCGGAGCGCGCGGGAGAGGAUCGGGUUCUUAGAAGAGAUCUCGUUGGUCGAGGAGUUCCUGCGGGACCCAUGGAUUCUCAGGAAGCCUGCCGGGCCGGCCACCGUUCAGGUCGCCGUCCCCAAGGUCGUGCCGCCGCCGCCGUCCCUUCAGGCCGACGAUGGCGGCGGCGGCGGAACAGGCGUCGGCAGUGAUGGUGAUGGUGGCGGCAGCGGCGGCGCUGGGGGUGGAGGCGGUGGAGGGGAGGAGAGCGCCUGGGCAGCAUCCGUGCGGGCUCGGCGGGCCGAGCUGCAGCGGCAGGCGGCAGCAGCCUCGGUGGCCGCCGAGGAUUACGUGCGGAGGUUGGAGGCUGGCGGCGCCCCCGCGGAAGUCUCAGGAGAAGAACUUAAUAAUCUUGGCACAGAAGAUCAAGCUUUUUCCACAGUCAAAGUUAUUUGUCGUAUAUGUUUCUCUGGUGAAAAUGAGGGCAGCAAUAGAGCUUUGAAAAUGCUGCCAUGCAGACUUUGCAGCAAGAAGUACCAUAGGAGCUGCUUGAAAGUUUGGGCUGAAUACAGAGAUUUAUUUCAUUGGAGUUCAUGGUCGUGCCCCUCUUGCCGUAUUUGUGAGGUCUGUCGAAGAACUGGUGAUCCAACGAAGUUUAAGUUCUGCAAAAGGUGUGAUGCCGCUUACCACUGCUAUUGCCAACAGCCUCCACACAAGAAUGUCAGUCAUGGGCCUUAUCUAUGCCCAAAGCACACAAGAUGUCAUAGCUGUGGUUCUACUGUUCCUGGAAGCGGUCUCAGCACAAGGUGGUUUUUAAGUUAUACAUGCUGUGAUGCUUGUGGGAGACUAUUUGUCAAAGGAAAAUAUUGUCCUGUUUGCUUGAAGGUCUAUAGAGAUUCUGAGAUGACACCCAUGGUCUGCUGUGACACUUGCCAACAAUGGGUGCAUUGCAUGUGUGAUGGCAUCAGUGAUGAAAAAUAUCGACAGUUCGAAGCAGAUAGACAUUUGAAAUACAAAUGUCCAGUAUGUCGGGGUGACUGUUACAAGGUUAAGGACAUUGACGAUGCUGUUCAGGAACUUUGGAGGAGGAGAGACAGAGCUGACCGUGCCUUAAUUGGUAGCUUGAGGGCUGCAGCUGGAUUGCCCAUGCAGGAAGAAAUAUUUUCCAUUUGCCCCUACUCAGAUGAUGAAGAAAGUGGCCCACUUAUUGUGAAGAAUGAGAAAGAAAAGUCGCUUAAGUUUUCUGUCAAAGGUUUUAUUGAUAAUCUAUCUAAGAAAUGCAAAGAGGAUCGUUCACCUCUCUCCAAGAAAUCAAGUAAGAACAUUAUAAAGAAGGUUUCUGAGGUUCAAUCUGUCAAUAAAGUUAAAGAAACAUAUCAAAGUAUAGAAAAACUGGAUGUGGUGAGGUCAUUAGACAGAGGCUUUGGAGAUCAAAACUUCAAUGAUGCGCCGUUCAGAAGUCACAGACAGGAGCCUCUUUCAUCUUCUAUGGGUGAUGAUGGAGGGAAAUCCAUUGGUGAUCAACCACAAAGUAUUAAUAAUCAUGGGUUCAAGGAAGUUAUAGAUAAGAAGUCCGCAAAGGUGCUAAAGGGUAGCAAAGUAAGUGCUGGUAAAAAUUCAAGCAAGUGUGAGACAACGAAAGGAACAAAGUUAGUCAUACAUAUAGGUACCAAAAGCAAAAAUGCAUCAAGCUCCCCAAAAUCUGAGAAUUCAAGCUGUCACAGAGACUUGGAAUUUACUUCUUUUGAUGAUAAAGAAGAUGUUACAAAAAAGACUAGCAAAAUAUUAGAGAACCAGGAGAAAAUUGCAGAUGUUGCUAGGUCUAAACAUCCUACCUCGUUUAGAAGUCAUCUAACAAGAGAGACUAGCACAAGAGCAGACUCUACCAUGCAAAACAGGGGUGAAACCACAUUAAGAAGUGGUGAAGGUUUGCCUAUAAAUCAAUCGAUGGGUACAGCAAGCACUGUAAAGAGGGAAAUCAAUGAAGCUGCUGAUUCUUCAUCAGGUUUCAAACCAUCCAAGGAUACCAGGCCAUUGUUGAAGCUGAAGUUCAAGAAUCCAUAUAUUGAACAGCAAAGUUCUUGGGCUUCAGGAGUAGUUGAAGAGAAGAAUCCUAUUAAGGGGCCAAGAUCAAAAAGAAAGAGGCCAUUUAUAGAAAAAGUUAGCACACCGGUGGAUGAGAACUAUGAACAACUGAAUUCAGAUGAAUCCAUGAAUGAGGACAUUGAUGCUCUGUGGAUAUUGAAGAAGCUUGGCAAAGAUGCUAUAGGAAAGAGAAUUGAAGUCCACAAAGUCUCAGGCAACUCUUGGUACAAGGGGGUGGUUUCGGAUAUCAUAGAAGGCACUUCAUCUUUAUCCGUGCAUUUUGAUGAUGGAAGACCUGAGAUUGUAGAGCUCACAAAACAAAGGGUUCGGUUCAUUUCUCAGAAACGGAAAGGCACGAAAGCAUGAGAAAUUUCGUACUUUUUGUUGUUGAUAUUGUGCACUCCAUGUACAACAAGGAAUGUGGCACUCCAAACGAGGAGAGGGAGUGAUCUUAUUUACUUGAAUGACGUUGUGAAGUGAUGGCUGGAGAGGAUUUACCAACAUAGUCAGCAUUUUUUAAUUAUCUGUAACCAUGAUGUGCAUUGAAGGAACAGAAUUUGUGAGAGAGAUUAUCAUGGUCGCUGCAUCUUUAUGUGGAUAUGCUGGCAAGUUUUGAAGCAACAGAGCGGCAUAUCAGUCUAGUCGAAAAGGGUAGUCUACUUAUUUGUAUGAGAUGGCGAGAUUUUAGGACCUUCCUUUUGUAAAUAAAGCAAAUCUUAAGUUCAAUGGUGUUGUCAGAGCCAUUCUUGUUAUACUGGUCAUUACUGCAAUUUGCUAUUACAUUUUAUAAUGUCAAAUAUGAUGUCGGCUUUUGCAUUUUUUCGAGUCGACUGUUAGCUGGACGGCAUCAGCUGGUUCUUUCUUUCUUUCUUUCUUUCUUUCUUUCUUUCUUUUUCUCCUCCAGAAGUAGUCCGAUUCGUUCAUUGGCUGAUUCUUUUGAUUGUUUGCAGUUGAAUGGAGGUUUGUCUUUUAUUUCUCUGCAACUGCAGAACUGAAAUGUUGCUUGUACGUCUUUGCUCAUUUUUUAAAUCAGUGUAUGAUGUGGGCGUGAUUA